CGGGCUCUGCGCUGACAACCGAGGACCGCUGUCCCCAGCCUUCACUGCCUCACAGUAUCACAGCCUCGCCGAGCCUUGCAUCCGCUUGAAGCGCUGCAGAGAUGCGAGGGGCGAAGAGGCGCCAGGCGCUGCCCGCCAUCGUGCUCCUGCUCCUUGCCUCAGCACCGCCGCCGCCGGGUGCCGAGGGCAGGGACGUGCCCGCCGCCGAAGCGGAGAGGGGGACGCUCCUCGACCUCCUCCUCCAAGCUCUGGGGGACGGCGACCGCCCGCUGCCUCCCCGCCCGCCGCGGCGGGACCGGGUGAUCUCCCGGCGGUACAGCAGCGGUGGCGGUGCCCCGCCGACGGACACCCGCACCAUCGCCGCUGCACCCCGGCCACCCCCAGCCGGCGCCGCCGCUGCCCCGCCGCCGCCCCGGCUCUUCGCCGCUGCCCGCCACGGAGAAAUUUUCCCAAGAGAUUCCAGUCUAAAAGACAAAUUCAUAAAACAUUUUACAGGGCCAGUCACAUUUUCAUCAGAGUGUAGCAAGCACUUCCAUCGACUGUAUCAUAACACAAGGGACUGCUCAACGCCAGCCUAUUAUAAGAGGUGUGCAAGGUUGCUAACGAGACUAGCAAUGAGCCCUUUGUGUACGCAGUCCUAGGUUGUUUGAUAUACUUUCUACCAAGGAGAGAAUUCCGAUUUGCCAAGAAAGUGCCUUGAGAUCUUCCAAGACAGAGAAGACAUCUUUUACCUUUUUUUUUUCUUUCCUUCCCCCCGCCCCCCUUUUUUUUUUUUGAUUGAUGACCUUUUGUUACUAGAUGCAUUUUAUUUUCAUAUAUUUGUUGGACAUUCCAUAUGUUGUGUGAAACAUUAUUUUAUUUUAAUUUGUAAAUCUGUUGCCUAUAGUUCAGACAAGCCAAUUAUUUAAAGACCUUGUAUAUAAAGAGUACUAAUGAUAUCCUGAUUAAAUGUCCUAACUGUCUGCAGGGAGUCGGUGACAUUUUGCUGUUCCUCUUGUUCCAUUGUAUUUACAUCGUUCUGCUCAGGCUCUUACUUUCAUUAUUUGCACUAACUUGAACUGCAGAAGUCUGUGUAACUGAAAUCUGAAUUAGCUGUAAGUGGGGCAGUUUGACUUGCCAUGGGAGAGAUUUUAUAUUAUGAAGCUUUGUUAAUAUAUACAUAUAUAUUAUUGCUCAUCAGGAGGGAAAAAAAAAAACCAAACCAAACUCGAAUUGCUCAGAAAUGCACCUUGCUUUCAGGAACAUUUGUAUGACUCUUCUGGAUUUUCAUCAGUUACAUUUGUACUGGCACUUAUGGAAAGAGUUGAAAAUAAUGUAAAUAUAAAGACUGGAAAACUGCAAUGCAGUUUUGGUGGAAUAAAGAACAUAAAAAUAA